AUGGAGUACAACAGGCGCCGCCCUCCACGAACAAAUUCGAGCGAUUCAUCAUCCCAGGACCCACAAUGGAGCCCCAGUCGAACACCAACAAGCCCUAGCAGCUCGUGGAGACAAGACAACAGAUGGCAAUUCGUAUGGCCGAACGACAAGCAUCGAGGCUUAUGGGGUAGAUGGAAAGACAUCCUCAGCAACAAAGGCCCCGACAUCUUCAUCGCAGAACAGAACACUCGUCAGCCUGAGCGACCUAUUUGGAGUAAUUGGAAGACGCGGGGACACCAGCAUCCCAACAGCGAUAACGUUCGCUGGGACAAUCGUGGCAAACCUUUCCGGCAGGACGAAGAGUUCGUCGGUGUGUUUGAUUUCCAACGCAGAGAUCCUGACACCAAGUACGACUUCGCGACUCGAAGAUACCGCAGGCCUCAUGACCAUGUCUGGAGCAAUGUUGACUGGUCCAGGACCAAGCCCCAUUGUCCAGUUCGGGUACGGAGCGCGAACGGAAGAUGGGAUCCUCCUGACCGCUGA